ACGAAUCGUUACAAAGUUUGAUCCUAAUUAGCCAAUUCUCUUUUCAAAAAACAUACUAUGGCAGGAUAUGCAUCCAACAGCAUUUGGGGGGAUGCACCAGCAGCAUCUGAUAGUAUUGCCAUGACCAAUUCUGGAACUCAGGACAACUCUCACCACAUGUACUCAACUGGAUACUCUACUCAACCAGCUUUCGCUGCACCCCAGGGUCGAUCUGCUCGUGAAAUUGAAUUGGAUACUCGUGAAGCUGAGCUGCGUUUGCGAGAAGCCAAAUUGGCGAUUCGUGAACGGGAUGCAGGCGAUUAUCACCCACCCAACUGGCCUCCAAUUCGACCCAUGGUAUAUCAUGAUAUUGAAAAUGACAUUCCAAAAUCUGGUCAGUGGAUUGUCAAACGACUCUUUACUGCAUGGUAUUUGGCAACCCUUUGCUUUUUCCUGAAUUUCAUUGCUGCCUUUUCCCUUUUGAUAACAAAAGCGGAAGUCGCUGGAGCAACAUUUGGCAUUUCCCUCUUGAUCAUGUGUAUUGGCAUUCCCAUGUCUUUUGUCUUUUGGUAUCGGUCGAUUUAUUUUGGAGUCAAGCAUGAUCGGAGUAUCAACUUUAUGUUCUUUUUCUUCAACUAUGGUGUGCAUCUGAUUGCUAUGGUGGUUCUAUGCGUUGGAAUUCCCGGAUGGGGUGGAGCGGGUUACAUUUACAUGUUUUCGCAAUUUUCGUCCAAUUUGGGAUCUGCCAUCUGCUGUUUGAUUUCAUCUGCAAUGAUGUCAUUUCAAGUUCUGUUUGGCAUUUGGCAGAUGAAAUCUGCACAUUCAUAUUUCCGAUCAAAGGGAUUAACAACUGAUCAAGCAAGAGAUCAAGCUGUACAAGGUGUUGCAAACAGCAAAGUGGGCCAGGAUAUUGGCAAAGAAAUUGGUAAGCAGGCAAUUAAGCAGGCAGUUGUAGGUGCCAAGUGAGUUGCGAGUUGGUAGCUUAGCAUUAUUUACAGAAUUACUUUUGAAUAAAAUGAUAUUUUUUAUUUGC